AUGUCACUUGCACGAGCUUUCACGACGAAGCGGAGUAGGGCAGCUUCAGAUGUUACUGUCCCAGCAAUGCCGUCAAGAAGCUUGACGACGAAGAAGUCCUUGGGUUCAAACAAUAUUAGAAAUAAAAUCUCUGCCCCCACCGCUUUGCUUUCGACUACCAAUAUGCUUUCAUACACCGCACCCGACAUCUACCCAAAGACACCGUCUUCGAUGACUUCAAGGUCCUCAAAUUCCGAUGAUGAUUCGGCUUCGAACCCAUUCUCGCCUACAGCUUCGAUAAAUUCCUCCGUCGCCUCGUCGUCGCCAACAUCACCCGAUCCAAACCAUCUCUCCUGUUACUUUGGUCAAAUGCCUCCAAAGGUUGAUACUGAAGAAGCACCUACAAUUCCUCAGCGAGCUGUUUCACAUACCAAGAAGAAUGCCGAAAUUCUAGCUCGCAAGCGCUCCAUAUCAGGAAACAUUUCAAAUAAGAGUAUCUCGACCGUCAGAUCAUCAAUCAAUAUGUUCUCCUCCGCUGCAGUAGAUAGCCCAGAUCACCCUUUCGGAAACGAGCUCGCCAAAGUCACUGAGAUUGCUGAAGAUUAUGGUAUAGCUCGGGAGAGAAUGACCGUUGUAGAUGAGGAAGAACAAGAGCUUGUCUCAAGAGGCUUGUUCAAGUUCCAGGCAGAGGAUUACAUGAGCGAGAUUCAGGGAUUCAUCAUAAGCGCAUUUGGCGAAGUCAAACAACCACCCAUGUCAGCGAUGUGGAUUUAG